GAUCGACCAAAAAGAAAAAGGCUCUUCGAUCCCAUUUUCCAAAAUGGCUGCUGUAAGCACCGAAUCUUUUAUCGAUGCGGAGCUAGACUUCGGGUUGGACAUGCUUCGGCAAGUCCCUGCGAAUGCGCAAACGGUUGUCUCUCCUCUUUCUGUCAUUCUUGCUCUGGCUAUGGUUCAAGCUGGAGCGAGAGGACGAACUAGAGCACAAAUAAACGAGGUCAUCUCUAACGGAGCAAACAAUACUGACAUAGAAAAUUUCUACUCGGAACUCUCACAGGAUGUCUUAAAUGUUACCAACGAUGUUCAAACAAGGAUUGCAAAUGCGUUCUAUUUGGACAAACGAUACACUAUUGAAAAACAGUAUGAGGCUACAAUCAAGAAAAAAUAUUCUGCCAAGGUAGAAAAGCUUGAUUUUCAGGCGGCAAAAGCUACUGCUCAGGUUAUCGACAAGUUUAUAAGCGAUACAACAGAAGGGAAAAUACAGAAUAUGGUCACUGAACAGACUGUUAUGGGUGCCUUUUCACUCAUUGUAAAUGCGAUUUAUUUCAAAGCAAAGUGGAUGAGGGAGUUCAACAAAGAUUUGACUCAAAAUGCGACGUUUUAUUCUUCGGAGAACAAACGGAAGGAGAUAGAAUUCAUGAAUGAAUUUCAAAAAAUGCGCCUAUAUGCUGAAAACGAUGAUCUGCAAGUCUUGACGCUUCCUUAUAAAGACACCACUUAUGCGUUGAGUAUACUGCUUCCAAAGAAAAGGUUUGCUCUCGAUGCAAUCAGAAAUAAGACGAAUGGAGCUGCAUUACGCAAUCUUUUGAGCCAAGUGAAAAUGGAGUUCACGACGAUUUCCAUUCCAAAAAUGAAAAUCGAAACAAAGUUCGAGCUGAAAAAAGCAUUGAUCUCGAUUGGUAUCAAUGAAAUGUUCACUAACAAUGCCAAUUUGACCGGAAUCACGAAAGAACCUCCACUCAAAGUAUCCGAUGCUACGCACAGAGCAUUAAUUGAGGUUGACGAGGAGGGAACCACUGCUGCUGCUGCGACGGUCAUCGGGAUAGUGGCUACAUCAGUCAAUAUAAAUGUCCCCAAGACAUUCAUAGCAGACCAUCCUUUCAUAUUUGUUUUAAGCAAACGCAACAAUCCUCUAUUUAUAGGGCAAUUCGCCUGA